CGUUUUCAGGAAGCUUUUGGCAGAUGGCUCAUCAAAUGUCAACAACACAGGAUCUUCCCACAGCCGAGGAUGUGAAAAUGUCUUUUGAGGAGUUAAGGAAGCGUGCCCGGCAGUUAGAGAGUGAGAUAGACGUGAAGUUGGUGUCGUUCAGCAAGAUAGCGGCCAGCUAUGGCACAACUGUAGCCUCUGGCACCAAGAGCGAGUCGGUGCCUCUCCUCUCUGGUGACCAAAUGUAUGAGACGAUUGCAGUUGAACUGGAGCAGUUGUUAACAGCCCUCACAGAUAUAAAUGAGAGAAUGAAUACUUGCCCCCAUGGAUCAUCCGUUGCCACCAUACAUACCUUGCAACGUCACCGAGACAUUCUUCAGGACUAUACACAUGAAUAUCAACGCACUAACAAUGCCAUAAAAUCAAGAAGAGAGCGUGAGCAGUUACUUGGAAAUGGAAGGAACAGUGGAAAGAGUCUAGCUGGGCUCUCUCGGCGAGAUCUAUAUCUCAAGGAAAGUGAACAUCUUGUGAACUCUGAAGGGAUGAUAGACGAGCAAAUCACAAUUGCCGUGGAGACGAGAGACCAUCUAAAGAGUCAACGUGAAGCAUUCAAGAUGAUACAAACUAAAGUGAAUGAUUUGUCAAACAGGUUUCCUCUUAUUAACACACUCAUGACAAAAAUCAACAUACGUAAAAGGCGCGACAGUCUCAUUAUUGGCACCGUUAUUGGUUUGUGUCUAACGUUUAUGCUUUGGUGGAUGUUCUUCUAGCAAGACUGCAAGUCAGUCACUGAUCAAAUAAUGAAUAAUUGUAAAUAUAAAGCACACAUUGUAAAAUGUGGGCUCUAUAUUUUCUUUAGAUUGAAAAUGAGCAGCAACACUAAUGAAUCCACUAGACAAGCUCUAUAUUAAUAGGCAAUGAACUGUUUGUUCAUCUAUGGUGAAUCUAAUUCAUGUUCAGUAAUACAGUAUUUCAAGACUAUUUUUGAAGAAUACAGAGCUAAAUGAUUGUAAUGGUCAAAUGAGACUCUACUCUGCUGCCACUACAUAGUAUUAUUGUUGGGGCAGUGCCAGAGUGCUCUGGUUACUGAUCAGGACGGUUAAGGCGGUGCUCUCGGUAUUGUAUUGUGACAUUUGAUGCAAUACGUCUUUGUUUUAAUUUGCACUUGUGGGUUGGAAUAUUUUAUUAAAUAUGCUGAUUUGCUUGUAGGUAAACAUCCACUGUAUGUGUGUGGCCAUAACUGUGCAGAUUCUGAAUGAGUACUAAAUUUGCAUCUUUAGUGCAUUGUUUGGACUUUAAAUAAUGAAAAUACAGUACAGUAUCUGUUAUUCUAUUAUCUGUGGAUGGUGGUCUUUUUCCUGCUCUGCUCAACUGUCAUUCCCUUCUCUCAAAGGAUUAUAGAUGUUAAGAUAACUAUUACUUGCAAGUACAGUAUAUUAUCCUGAUCAUACCCACGUAAUUAAUGUAUUUGCAAGUUACUGGGAUCAGUCUUAUCCCAAUUAUUUAUUUCAUAAGAUGUACAGAAGCUUAAAUAAUACAUUGAAGAUACUACUUUAAGAUGAGGGUUCUUGACCUUAAGAUUGCAUUACAGUAUUAUUAAUGUAUAUAUAUUUUUGCUUCAACAUUUUAGAAACACUGUACAUACAGGUUGGCUUAUAAAGUUACACAAAUUCUAUACAUCAUAUUACAAUACCAUAUAUAAUAACUCUUCAAAGGAAGUAGAAAAUUGGAUGUUAUGCAUAUGUAUGUAAACUUGUGUACUGUGUAUAUACCUGGUACCAACUGUGUGCUUUGGGAUAUAUUUAUAAAUAUUAAAACAAAAAUGGUUGGA